ACGCGCUCAGGCGGCGGGGAAGCUGCUGGUCCGUGCGCUCGUGGCCGGCCGGGAGCGGGGCCAGCGGGCAGCGAGAGGCGCCUGCCAGGAGAGCGGGCUCUGGGACCGGCCCGGGAGCGCGGCGGUGCCCGGCACCCGGAGAGGCAGCCAGCCGACGGGAGGAUGCGGACAGCCUCGUAGGGAGCUGGGCCAUGCCCCGGGGGGCCAGGCUGCGCACACGGCAAUGCUAUGAGUCCAGAAGUCCUGAAAAUAGUGUGGGUACAGAGUACAGGUAAUGGACGACUCUACCACCAAACCCUCCACCAAUGUAUCCCAGCAUUGACCAAGAGAUGCCAGCUGAGAGGGACCAGGUUUCUUCUAUGGGCGCUGAACUCCCAGCUACCUAUGCCUAUUGCCUGUGAUGGAAGAACUUGAUGUUAAUGUGAGUUCGAGUGAGGGGUUCGGCGUGGCAGAGAAGAUCGCACUGCUCACCUUUAUCUCGGCGGUUAUACUCAUGGCGAUCUUGGGGAACUUGCUGGUGAUGGUGGCAGUAUGCAGAGACAGGCAGCUCAGGAAAAUCAAGACCAAUUAUUUCAUUGUCUCACUUGCCUUUGCGGACCUGCUGGUGUCGGUGCUGGUGAUGCCCUUUGGAGCUAUUGAGCUGGUUCAGGAUAACUGGAUUUAUGGAAAGAUGUUCUGCCUGGUCCGAACAUCUCUAGAUGUCCUGCUCACCACAGCAUCAAUCCUUCACCUGUGCUGUAUCUCCCUAGACAGGUACUAUGCUAUCUGCUGCCAGCCUCUGGUUUACAGGAAUAAGAUGACACCACUGCGCAUUGCUCUAAUGCUUGGAGGGUGCUGGACCAUCCCGACAUUUAUUUCUUUUCUCCCUAUAAUGCAAGGCUGGAAUUCCAUUGGUAUAUUAGACUUGAUACAACAAAGACAGUUCAACAAGGCUUCCAACUCAACCUACUGCGUGUUCAUGGUCAACAAACCCUAUGCCAUCACCUGCUCAGUGGUGGCCUUCUACAUUCCAUUCCUCUUGAUGGUGCUGGCCUACUAUCGGAUUUACAUCACGGCCAGGGAGCACGCCCGCCAGAUCCGGAUCCUCCAGCGUGCAGGGGCGCCCACAGAGGGGAGACACCACCCGGAUCAGCAUAGCUCUCACCGUAUGAAGACAGAGACCAAAGCUGCCAAGACCCUGUGUAUCAUCAUGGGGUGCUUCUGUCUGUGCUGGGCCCCGUUCUUUAUCACUAAUGUCGUGGACCCGUUCAUAAAUUAUACUGUACCUGAGCAGCUGUGGACAGCUUUCCUGUGGUUGGGCUACAUCAAUUCAGGGUUGAACCCCUUCCUGUAUGCCUUCCUGAACAAGUCUUUCAGACGUGCCUUCCUCAUCAUUCUGUGCUGUGGAGACGAACGCUACCGAAGGCCUUCCAUCUUGGGGCAAACUGUCCCCUGUUCCACCACCACUAUAAAUGGAUCGACGCACGUGCUAAGUGGCUGUUCUUCUAUCUCCAAGUUCCUCCUGCUGUUCUGCAAUAGACCAGUUCCUGUUUAACCCUGAACAUGCUCUGUACACAGUUUUACAUAAUGGGCAUCAUCAGGAACACGAGAAGCUUCCCAUCCACAAUGACCCAGAAUCCCA